CCGGCAUGUUUGGCCAGAUUGACGUCCUCUCAAUCCCAGGGGCAGGGCUGAGAAGCCUAGACUUCUCCUCCGAUGUCCACGCCAUGUUUGCCGAUCUCUUCGUCCCCAGCAGCGAGAACAAUGCCCAUUGCCAAAUGGAGCCGACUCCUUCUCCAUCAAACUUACCUUGCCGGGCCUUUGUCAGGACAUAUGGCAGUGAGGAUGCUAUUCUCAACGCCUACUACGACUUUAUUCAUAACUAUUUCCCCAUACUUCCACCGAGAGUCGACCCCCAAGCUCCAGAUCGGCCUCUGGAUUGCGUCGGUUCCUUUACGGAGACACCGUCAGAAGACCCAUUGCUCGUAUAUAGGCCACGGUCCCCUCUGAGCCUUGCAAUAUCGGCGAUCAUGGCCCUCGUUCCACACCCAAACGACAUAGAACCGUCGAGUCCUACGUCUGUUAUCCGCCGCCGGACAUUCGCACAUACGUUUGCGCAAAUGGCCAAUGCUGCCAUAGAGACCGAUUGCGAGCUUCAUGCUUCGUCCACCGACCCCUCGGAGGCAUUAUCAAGCGAGAGGCCUCUCAUUGAUCGAGAGCCGUUCCAUCGCCAGACGCCAGUGGAGCUCGAAAGUGUCCUCGCGCUUCUGGUGCUUUCAAUCUACGAGUAUAACCAACGAGGCAAUCUCCUGAAAAUGAGAUAUCGUGCUGGCCAAGCUCUGGCCAUAGCGUUGGAUAUGUCUCUACAUUCUCUAGGGGAAGAAUGUGACGAGUUUGCGGAAGCUCGGCGGAGAGCUUGGUGGAUGACUUAUUAUUGUGUCCUCCAGGGCUCAAUCGUCAGCACAACGCCCUUAGCUAUUGUCGCGAAUGAUCCCCAGUUCAUCACACCAUAUCCGCGUUUCUCGGCCGACCCUGAUGGCUGGUCUGUCUUGAUCCAAGCGCAACAAGUCCUUGUCUCCGCAACCCAAUUCAUCAUCGAUCUCAACAAAUGUCUCUCCACACGGACCAACAUGCCUUACAUCUACGAACGCAUGCAGCAACUUGACGCGUGGGCGAGCUCUGCCUUGGCGCAGUCAAACCUACUUCCCAUCGUGCCUCAGUCCAUGGCCUGUGGCGGCGAGAUCGAAUCAAUAACGGCCCAGAGUAUACGUGCAAUAUCGCGGAUCAAAUUAUCCAGCGCCCAAAUCAAGGUGCAUCGCUUCCGGGCGUUCUCGGAUAUUCCCAUUUUCCUCAAGAAGCACUGUGAUCUUACCUCCGCCAGCCCCAACAACCCGAUGUCGAAUUCUGCCGCCAAAGAUUCCAGGUCCCAAAGCGGGAUUGCAAACAUUGGAUGCUCGUGUAGCCUCGGCCCAUUUGAGCAGACUCCAAGUGACUAUGCCUCUUCGACGUCUUCGGUGUCGUCAGAUAUGCAACCCAUGUCGCAGUAUCCCUUCGCAAAUGGAUUCCCCUAUAGCAUUCAACAUUCCGCGAAGAUGUGUCUCAGAGCAUCCCUUUUGAUUUCACGCAUGUUCUACGGUUUACCCCUGCCACAACCGCUUCUUGAUAAUUGCUCGACCCAGCAGGGGCUGCCUAUGCUACCGAAUCAACUGCCACGAACCAUGCCGUCGUUCGCGUGCUGCCUGAUGCAGGGUAGCUAUGCAAUGUUGAUGAUAUACUACAAGGCACGCGUGGAGAAACAAAUGUCCCCCGACUAUGGGACUGACGGUACCCCGAAUCCCUCGGACCGGCUCAUUGAAGAAAUUCGGAAGGGACUGGAGCGCAUAAUUGCUACUGUUACCAACUAUGCGACUGCAUUUGAGGCGUUGGACGGAAUGAGGGAUGAAAUCGCGGGCGCAUAUCAUACGGCGUUUUCUCCGGCAUAGAAAUCUUCGUUGCAGAUUUAUCUCAACCAUUUUUCUCAAUUUUCAGAUCUUCCUCGAUGGAAUUGACUGCUUCCUACAUAUAGUUCCCGCUAAUAUAGGGAACAGAAGGUUAAUGAUUCAUCUGGUUCAUUCUUUCUCCGUCUUUCAGCCAAGACGGUUCCUACAUGGGUGUCAUGUGGUGUUUUGCUGAUAUCGCUUCUCAUGGUUAUACCAUUUGAUUUUAUUUCUAUGAGCCUGAUGUGGAUCUUGAAAGCAAAUAACCCCACAAUAAAGCUUUUACUAUCCACUUAUGUAUCAUUUUAUGUAUAUAAUUCUACCCAGUCAUAUAAAACUAAUCCUCCCUUUUUCCUCUUCCCUUUCCCCUUAUGCCUGUUGAAUGUUGGGUCCCUUGAAGUAUACGUGGUCGCUCGAUCCAACCUGAGGUCUCCGUGACCCUCUCUGU